GAUGGCUCCGAGCAGUGUCUAACAGAAGCAAAAAGAGAGAAGCAGGAAAAGUGUUGUUUGCCAAAAUGCAUUAAAUGGCACCCAUGGAACAAGAAGGAAGGCUGUGUUGCAGAAAAUGUGUUUUGUUUCCCAAAGUAUUCAUCAUUCCCGCUAUCCAAUUUCUAAGUUUCAAAGGCUUUCGUUACGGACAUCAGUUCAGCAGUUCUCCACUUUGAAUCGUUAUCCCUUGCACAAGUUCAAACUUCAUGUAAAGUACGGCUCCCAACCUCACAGGAACUUUUGGCUAGCUAGAGUGGCAUCAAGGCUCCUAAAACUUCGCUACAUUGUCCUGGGAUCUGCUGUAGGCGGUGGCUACACAGCCAAAAAGACCUACGACCAAUGGAAGGAUAUGCUGCCAGAUCUCAGCGAGUACAAGUGGAUUGUGCCUGACUUCGUAUGGGAACUUGAUGAAUACAUUGAUUUUGACAAACUCACCAAAGCCCUUCCUGCUUCCGAGGACCUUAUGAAGUUGCUGCCUGACUUUGACAAGAUCGGAGAGAGCUUCGGUUCGCUGAGGGGCUUCUUCGCACCUGGUUACAAUUUGGUUAGUGAAGUCAUAGGAGCUUCUGAUCUGCUUCUGUUGUUAGAUUCUUCAAGGGAGACGGCAUUCAGAGCCACAGACCAGGGGGGCGAGAAUGACAAGCAGUACAAGAAGGGCCUGCUUGGCGAACUCAUUCACUUGCAGCAGCAAAUCCAGCGGCAUGAAGAAGAAGCGCGCAGAGCCACUGCUGACCCCUGCAGCCCAGGCUCCUCCCAGCAGAAGCAAAAGGUUUCUGACAAAGAGAAGGUUGAUCAGCUUCAAGAAGAACUUCUGCACACGCAGCUGAAAUACCAACGGAUGCUGGAGCGUUUGGAGAAGGAGAAUAAAGAGCUAAGAAAGAUUGUACUGCAGAAAGAUGACAAGGGCAUUCAUCAAAGGAAGCUGAAGAAAUCUUUGAUUGACAUGUAUUCUGAAGUCCUGGACAUCCUGUCAGAUUAUGAUGCCAGCUACAAUACCCAGGAUCACCUGCCUCGGGUUGUAGUGGUUGGAGAUCAAAGUGCUGGGAAAACCAGUGUUCUAGAAAUGAUAGCCCAAGCCCGGAUCUUCCCUCGUGGCUCUGGAGAAAUGAUGACUCGCUCACCAGUCAUGGUCACGCUCAGCGAAGGACCUCACCAUGUGGCAAUGUUCAAGGAUAGUUCUCGAGAGUUUGAUCUGACCAAGGAGGAAGAUCUGGCAGCCCUGAGGAAUGAGAUUGAGGUCCGGAUGAGGAAGAGUGUGAGCGAAGGCUGCACAGUCAGUGCUCAGACUAUCUCCCUCAACGUCAAAGGUCCUGGCCUGCAGAGGAUGGUGCUGGUGGAUUUGCCAGGUGUCAUUAGUACGAUGACGUCGGGGAUGGCUCCAGACACCAAGGAAACCAUCUUCAGCAUAAGCAAAGCCUACAUGCAGAACCCCAACGCCAUCAUCCUUUGCAUUCAGGAUGGGUCUGUGGAUGCGGAGCGCAGCAUUGUCACUGACUUGGUCAGCCAAAUGGAUCCGCAAGGGAAAAGGACCAUCUUUGUCUUAACAAAAGUGGACUUGGCUGAGAAAAACGUGGCCAGUCCAAACAGGAUCCAGCAGAUCAUCGAGGGCAAGCUCUUCCCCAUGAAGGCUCUGGGGUAUUUUGCAGUGGUGACUGGGAAAGGAAACAGCUGUGAAAGUAUUGACUCCAUUAGAGAGUAUGAAGAGGAAUUCUUCCAGAACUCCAAGCUACUGAAGAAAUGUAUGCUGAAGGCCCACCAGGUGACAACGCGCAACCUGAGUCUAGCUGUAUCCGACUGCUUUUGGAAGAUGGUGAGAGAGUCCGUAGAGCAGCAAGCAGAUGCUUUUAAAGCAACCCGUUUUAAUUUGGAGACGGAGUGGAAGAACAAUUACCCCCGCUUGCGAGAACUCGACCGGAAUGAGCUGUUCGAAAAAGCAAAGAAUGAAAUCCUUGAUGAAGUCAUAAGUUUGAGUCAGGUGACGCCAAAGCACUGGGAAGAGAUUCUUCAGAAGACCCUGUGGGAAAGGGUCUCCACGCACGUGAUCGAGAACAUCUACCUCCCAGCAGCGCAGGCCCUGAAUGCGGGGACAUUUAACACCACGGUGGACAUCAAGCUGAAGCAGUGGACUGACAAGCAGCUCCCCAGCAAAGCCGUGGAGGUUGCCUGGGAGACGCUCCAAGAGGAAUUCUCUCGCUUCAUGACAGAGCCGAAGGGCAAAGAACAUGACAAUAUUUUCGACAAGCUGAAGCAGGCGGUGAAAGAGGAGAGCAUCAAGCGACACAAGUGGAACGAGAGAGCGGAAGACAGCCUGAGGGUGAUCCAGCACAACGCCUUGGAAGAUCGCUCCAUAUCAGACAAGCAGCAGUGGGAUGCAGCCAUUCAGUUCAUGGAGGAAACGCUCCAGAGCCGCCUGAAGGACACUGAAUCAGUUAUUGAAGACAUGGUGGGCCCAGACUGGAAGAAAAGGUGGCUCUACUGGAUGGGCCGCACUAAAGAACAGAGCAUUCGUAAUGAAACUAAAAACGAACUUGAGAAGAUGAUCAGGUGCAACGAGGACCAUCCAGCUUACCUUGCAAACGAUGAGGUCACAACGGUCCGGAAGAAUCUGGAGGCCCGAGGGGUGGCGGUGGACCCGUGCUUGAUUAAGGACACCUGGCACCAAGUUUACAGGCGGCAUUUCUUGAAGGGGGCCCUGGGCCACUGCAAUCUCUGCCGCAGAGGCUUUUACUACUACCAGAGGCAUUUUGUGGACUCGGAGCUUGAAUGCAAUGAUGUGGUCCUCUUCUGGCGCAUACAGCGGAUGCUGGCCAUCACCGCCAACACCCUGAGGCAACAGCUGGCCAACACUGAAGUCAGGCGCCUGGAGAAGAAUGUAAAAGAGGUGCUGGAAGAUUUUGCUGAGGAUUGUGAAAAGAAGGUGAAGUUAAUAACGGGGAAAAGAGUGCAGCUGGCUGAGGACCUUAAAAAAGUUCGGGAGAUCCAAGAAAAACUUGAAGUCUUCAUUGAAGCCCUCCACCAGGAAGAGAAAUAGAUGCCCAGAGGGUAGACCCUCUCCAGGAAGACCAAGCCCUCUUCUGGAACACACUUCCCUAAAAACUGGCUGGGUGGAAUCCUUCUGGUACUCUUCUCUCUGUUGUGGUCUGUAGGAGUGUCCUGCCGUGUCACGAAGGACAUGUGGAAGGCUGGAAAUCUUUGGAUGCCCCCUGCUCUUUGCUUUGGGACGAGAAGCCGAAACCAGGGCUUUGUUAUGAUGAGUUGUGGCAGAGUCCAGACUCUUGCAGUUGUUCUUUCGUGGGGAGGGGUUGGGAGGGAGGGGGGGAGGGAGGCUGCUGCCCACCUGCUCCUCAGGGGGGUCUCUUUAGCCCAUCUUGGUCCUCACCUGAAAAUUCUGGGGAGCUUAAAAUGAAAUUUUAGCAUUUGUACAUAAGUUGAUGACACCCACGUAAUAUUUCCUUGUAUGAUGCCAUACGUGGAGACUUCCUCUAAGGGGUCAGCUUUGCUUUUAAAAUGCUCUGAGAAGUCAGCCCUUGGAGCGUAGCUGUGGACUUGAUUGAGAAGCUUGGCAGGGACCAUGGACUCUCUGGGGGGUUCCCCCAGCGGGCCUCUCAGGGGAGGUCCUGGUUUCCAUUCGUUCUAAGGGGACGUCCUGGUUUUGUUCAUGUUCCUGCAAGAUUUAGGCCCGUCACAUUUCAAGGGUUGCUAAGGGGGGAUUCGCACAGAUUCCCUGCAAAAAAAGGGAAAACGUCGGUGCAGUGGGUUCUCGAAUGAGGCCGUACAGCAGCAGCUUCUGGGUGCCUUUGGUCGGACUUGGGGUGAGGCCUGUUUAAAGAGGAGUCCACCUUUUCCGAACCCGAACCCUGUUUGCUCCCUUCCCAGGCCCCUGACUUCCAGAGCCCGUGUGUGGCUUGCCAGCCUUGUGCAGCGGCAGCAUCAGACCGAAUGGCUGCUCCUCCCCUGUGAACUCGUUGUGUGUUACGCCUCGUCCCAUGAAUUGGGCCUCUUCUCCGUCUCCUCAUCAGCAUGGGGGGGGGGGGAAGGACCGGAUGUGGCGGGGGGGGGGGAGGUCCACACACAAAUGGCUCAUCUGGGAGCAGUUGCUGCUUAACAUUGCCCCCCCACCCCACCCCACCCCACCCUGACGUUCUGCCCUAGCUCCAAGUGAGGCACGACUCUCGAUCUGUCUUUCCUCCCUUGACUUUGGCAGGAGGGGGAUGUGUUUGUGUGGGGUAGGGGAGGAAUAACUAUUUCUGCUUUAAAAGACCCCAGAGCCCAUGAAAUGUUUGUGGGCCCACCCUCCACCUAAAGAGCCUCGGGAGGAAAGCCUGUAGAGGACGGUAGGGCUACUGGGAAGGGACGAGGCGAUUCUGGCUGUGUAUGUACCAAGGUCCCCCUCCUUCCCUCCCAUAAUAAACCUUUGGAUUGAGACAUGUGCGUGCACGCAUUUCAGUGCUGGUGGACUGUCUUCGUAAGCUGUUUUUGAGGUCCUCUUGCCCUGUGGCCAACGUGCCUUUCAGUUGUGACUUCUUGGAGCGAAUGUUGCGGUACACCCAUCUCCCGAGCCAAGCCUUCGCAUUGUAGCUCCCGUUAAUUCCAGUGGAGCUGUGCUGCAGCCAUUCCGUGGUGGGCUGGGCCCCGCUGCUGCAGUGGGUGACAGGAUCAAGUUUGUUCCUUCUACUUUCUGCAGUGUGCAGAAUAAAAAUCUAGCAUCUUCUCACAUUCGGCCCUCUUAAAUUUGCAACCGGCGGGGGGCGGGGGGGGGGCGGUGCACAGGGCAACUGUUCUCGGUUGAAGAAAAAUCGAGUGAUUAAAACGGGACAACAGUCCUCAUUUUUUAGUGCUCAACCAUGAGCUGAGCUGGCAUGGCAUGGAAAAUGCUUCCCAGGUCUUUCAGCAAAGCCUUGGGGUCUUCCACCCUGGAAAGGAGAAAGGAAGGGCAGUCGGGUGGAUCUGCCUUGGCUGCAGACGGGGUCAGGGAUCCGAGAAGUCCUUGCAGCGAAUCCUCACUGUGCGGCUGCCCCGUUAGUGGUCCCGGCCUUGUGUGAGCUGCUGGGCCAGGAGCUCUUCUGCACAGUCAGGAAGCGGUCCUCGUGAAGCGUCGCCGUGUGCUACUGGCACUGUGUAAAGCUUCCCCCGGUGGGCCGGGGGGUGUCUCCAUUCUUCAUUUCGUUCUCUGUUGCACCUUUUGGGUAUCUCUUCUCACCUUCUCGGUCUGAAACUCAGCAUGAUGUGUCCCAUGGAAGUUAUUUAUUGAAUGCAGAUGUCCUCGAAGGAAAAUAAAAUAAAUACAGGUUUUGAACA